GGCGAAGACGCGGAGAUCGAGCAGAUCCCGUGGCAGAUUUCCUUCCAGACGCUCAGCGGGUUCCACUUCUGCGGGGGAUCCAUCAUGGACUCGACGCACGUCAUCACGGCUGCCCAUUGCUGCGACGGCGAGGGACCCGGCUCCGCCAACAUCAGGGCGGGCAGCAACCGCAACGACCGAGGGGGAGUCCUCGUCAACGUGGCCGACGUUCUCCAGCACCCGAGUUUCGACUGGAACGACCUGUCUAACGACAUCUGCCUCUUGACCUUGGACGAACCCCUUCCAUUGGACGACGUGACAAUGAAGGCAGUCGCCCUCCCCGAACAAGAUCAGGAUUACGAAGGUGGGGUCGACGUGAGCGUGAGCGGGUGGGGAACCCUGUCCCCUGGGGGAAGCACUCCGGACAUCCUCCAGGUCGUGGAUGUCUACACGUACACUGACGAUGCAUGCAACGAAGCCUAUGGUGGUGAUGUCACUCCGGACAUGAUCUGCGCCGGUGUCGACGAGGGCGGCAAGGAUUCUUGCCAGGGAGAUUCCGGAGGCCCCCUGUUCCUUAAGGGAGGCGAUGAGCACCUUGUGGGUAUCGUCUCUUGGGGAUACAGCUGUGCUGAACCGGAUUUUCCUGGAGUCUACGCCCAGACAUCCACUCACAUCGAUUGGCUGGCGGAAAAUUCCAAAUGAAAACAUCACAUUCCUAUCAUCCGUCUUCUGCAUAAUAAAGUUAUGCUUAUAUGAA